CUCUGCUUGAUCCGACGGCCCAGAAUGAAAGUUGCCUCCCAUCUCUGUUUCUCCGCCUUUUAGCUCAAGAACACACAGAUCUGCUUCGAUUCAGCCUCAGAUCUGCGCUUCUGAUAUCUGUUUUAUACUUGGGGAGUUUCUGCUGGCUUCGCAAUCGAUCUGGAUUCGAGCUGUUUUUUGCUGAAUUUUUCUCUGUCUGGAUAUAUAGGUGGUUUUGCAGUUGCCAUCAAGGAAUGGAGAAUAACUGCGGUUCAGUUAACUUAACUACGAUUAAGCAGAGGCUGCUAAUGUGCGCCGGCGCCGAAGCGGCUCUGGCAGCUUUGCUAGUCUCAGCUCUGGUCAAAGCUCAACUCGCAGUCCUCAAUCAGGAAUACAUAAAACUACUCACAAACCAACCUAAGUUAAGAGGAGACCACCACACAUCUUGUCCCCGCGAGGCAGUGGAUGCUGAGGAUGAUGCCAACGAGGAUGACGAUGAGGAGGACGAAGAGGAUGAUGAUGAUAAGGAUCACCACAACAGUGAUAACAAAAAUGGUCCCAAUAGAGAUGUUGAAGAAAAUGGCGGAGAUGAAGAUGACGAAGAAGAGGAUGGUGAGGACCCAAACGAGGAUGAAGAUGACGAUGACGAAGAAGAUGAUGAGGAAGACGAGGAAGAUGGUGGAGGCGAAGAAGGUGAUGAGGAAGAUGAUGGUGGAGAAGAAGAGGACGAGGAAGAAGAAGACGAAGAGGACGAGGAGGAGGCCCUCCAACCUCCCAAGAAGAGGAAGAAGUGAAUCUAGAUGACAUGUACACCUCCUCCGGGUCUUGCUUUAUGACUGAAUUUGUCUAACAUUAAUACCUUUUUACUAUGAGUUGUCGAGGAGGAGGUUGUUUAGGAUUAAUGUUGUUUUACUGUUGCGUUGUCGUUCGUUAGUGCUGUAGAACCCACGUCUGCCUGCGGCAAUGUCAAGAGAUGAUAUAACUCAGCAACUAUUUUGUCCCGCUAA